CAAACAACCAUUGCUGAAUUAAAUCUGCUGGGAUUUGGGGAUGUACAACACCUUCAGAUUCCUCUCUUCUUUCUCUUUCUGCUGAUCUACAUCUGCUCUAUGACUGGGAAUCUCCUUAUUAUUGUUCUAAUAAUUUCUGAACAACAGCUUCAUACCCCUAUGUAUUUCUUCUUAGGUAACCUCUCCUGCUUAGAUAGUGUCACAGUUUGCACCAUUCUCCCGAAGAUGCUUGCUGGCCUGUUGACUGACCAUGGUGCCAUUUCCGUUCAGGGUUGUAUUGCCCAGUUUUAUUUUUUUGCCUCUUUAGCUGCAGUUCAAUGUUACCUCUUAGCAAUGAUGUCUUAUGAUAGGUAUUUAGCCAUUUGCAAACCUCUGCAUUAUGUCUCUCUAAUGAACACUAAGCUAUGUUUCUGUUUAUCAGCUGGCUGUUGGAUCAGUGGUUUCAUAGGGAUGUCAAUAUAUAUAUAUUUGAUGUCACAGCUAGUAUUCUGUGGCCCCAAGGACAUUGAUCAUUUCUUCUGUGACAUAGCUCCAGUAAUGAAGCUUUCUUGUGAGGAAACCAAGACUGCAGAAUUUGUGACCACAGUAUUUUCAUCUUUCUUCACCCUUCCACCGUUUUCAUUGACCAUGACGUCGUACAUAUUAAUCAUCGGAAACAUCAUGAGAAUCCCAUCCACCAUUGGGAAGAAAAAGGCUUUCUCCACUUGUUCUUCUCAUCUUAUUGUAGUUUCCAUUUUCUAUGGGACUUUGGUGGGUGUUUAUGUGCUUCCAAAGACUGAGAGGCUCAAAGCAUUAAACAAAGUUUUAUCUGUCUUUUAUACACUUCUGACUCCCUUUUUAAAUCCCCUGAUAUAUAGCCUGAGGAACCAAGAAAUGAAGAAGGCUCUGGGAAAAUUUCUAAGAAAUGUGUCUAGUCCAUUUCAGUCCAGGGAAUUUGGUUUUAAAACAGCUGUCAUCCAUGUUAGUUAG